GGGACCUGCCUGGUGUAUGUAGGGUGCGCAUUGGCCAAAUCGCUUGUCUCCUGCUCAGGAACCUCUCAGGCUGUCAGGCUGUCAGGGACGCUUUUUCCACGCGCAGGUAAUUUUCCCGGAGGCGAGGAUCAUUUCCCAUUUCAUAUUUCCCCAGGGUUUGCUCAACGAUACAAACUCGUGGAUUUCCACGGUCAUCCAGCAGCCUCGCAAAUGAUCACCUCCGGCUCGCAUUGCCCGGUGUGCCGUGCCACCUCGGGCUAAUAAGGAGUCCUAUUUGCUUCACCGUGCCACCGACAAGAUGCAUACCUGCGUCUCGAGACAUGUACGCGGCCGCUGCCAAGCGGGGCAGCAAACCAGCCAGCACAGGCACACUGUGGUGAAAUGCUGCAUCCUUGGCAGACACAAACAUUCAGUCUCGAACGGUCUUGAGCCUCUUCAUCUAUCACGCUGGGCACAGUGCUUAGCAGCAGAUCACCAAGAGGCCCAGAAGCUGAUCUCGUUGCAAAAAUCUUCACUCAUGGGCAGCCGCUGGGCAGCUCGGCAGGCAGCUCGGCACAGGUCUUGGUGACUACAAGCUCAUCAAUAUCAAGGCUUGUCUCAGAGACAUUGUGGCGUGUUGCAUGGCGCCGGCAGACCCCAGAUUUUAUCGACUGGGGAUUUGCGGGACGACAGGCCCAUCCCAUGCACGAGACCACCGACAUGCGAGUGUUUCCUCUUUAGCCUGGCCUUGGCGGACGGCUACUGACGUUUCAAGUGGGCACUGCGCGGUAAUGGGCACUCGACCUAUUCGGGCAAUGUUUAUAUGGCGGAUGACUUCUCGGUCCUAUGCCUCCGAGCCGCUUAAUCUAUCUCGCCUUGGACUCCCAGGCCCUACUCAUAUGAUCGGCAAUGCAUGCGCCCUCGAGGGACUCUCCCUCCAAUCGCAAUCGUCCCAGCUCCUCCAUCCGGCCAAACCCACGCAGAGUCUCAUUCCACUGCCAUAUGGAUCGUUUACCACUGCAAUUUGCGCCAGGCUGUCCCUCAUGGGAUGUCACCCACUAGCCGCCUACCUGGGCCUUAAUACUUCCCAGCCGGUGGGGGCCUCGCUGCUGCUACCGCGUCUUCGGCGUCAUCGUGGGCAAGUCGCGGGCCACGGGAGACCAUGCAUCCUCGCGCCGGCCAACGGCUGUGGCUGCGCUUUCUCCACAUCCUCGACGACCUCCUCGACGGGGUAGCUUUCCGUUACUUGCGGGGAUCGACAGCUGACAGAGUUGGCUGGGCAGUUUAACCUUCGGAACAGAAGGGCCAUGAGCCGGUUCAACCUCGAGGGAAAGGGGUCGACGGGGGUGUGGUCGCCAGCUGCUCACAGCUAUAUAAGAAGGGCAUCAUAGCUUUGAGUUUGGAUAUGUUGGUUGUUGGCACAUCACCAGUCCACUCCCUGAGCUUCUUCUCUUGUUCAAUUCUCUGUGUGCUUCGCUUCCACCGUCGUUACAUCACGAUGUAUCGAUCAGCUGCGGCUCUCUCCUUUGCCUCGGUCGUCCUCGGCCAGCAAGCUGGCACCAACACGCCUGAGGUUCACCCUUCUCUGCCCAUCUCAACCUGUACUGAGUCUGGCUGCACCACGGAGGACACCACUGCCGUACUUGACGCCAACUGGCGAUGGGCUCACAGCCUCGAGGGCUACACCAACUGCUACACAGGCAACAAAUGGGACGCAACCCUGUGCCCUGAUGGAGCGACAUGUGCAAAGAACUGCGCGAUUGAUGGUGCUGACUACGAGGCCACCUAUGGGAUCACCACCCCGGAGUCCGGUGCCCUUAAGCUGUCUUUCGUCAAGACGAACAGCAACGGCAAGAACGUCGGUUCCCGUAUGUACCUGCUCGAGUCUGAGACCGAGUACAAGAUGUUCAACCUGCUGAACAAGGAGUUCACCUUCGACGUUGACGUGUCAAACCUGCCUUGCGGGCUCAACGGUGCUGUCUACUUCGCUCAGAUGUCCGCCGAUGGUGGUCUGUCUGCGUACGAGACCAACAAGGCCGGCGCCAAGUACGGAACAGGCUACUGUGAUGCCCAGUGCCCCCAGGAUGUCAAGUUCAUCAACGGCGAGGCCAAUAGCCAGGGAUGGAACGGAACCGAUGAGAACUCGGGCACAGGCCAAUACGGUUCGUGCUGCCCCGAGAUGGAUAUCUGGGAGGCCAACCUCGUCUCAACUGCAUAUACCCCCCACCCGUGCUCUGUCGACGGGCAAACGAGGUGCGAGAGCGAGGUGGACUGCGGCGCAGGUGACAACCGGUAUGCCGGUGUGUGUGACAAGGAUGGUUGCGACUUCAACUCUUUCCGUAUGGGCGACGAGACCUUCUACGGCACGGGCCUGACCGUCGAUACGUCUAAGCCAAUCACCGUCGUUACUCAAUUCAUCACUGAUGACGGCACCGACGCCGGCACCCUGGCCGAUAUCAAGCGAUUCUACGUCCAGGACGGCAAGACCAUUCCCAACUCGAUGUCGAGCAUUGCCGGAGUCGACCCAACUAACUCGAUCACGGACGGAUUCUGCAAAGCUCAGAAGACCGCCUUCGGAGACAACAACUACUUCGCCGAAAAGGGAGGUCUGGCCAAGAUGGGUGAGGCUCUUAAGAGCAUGGUCCUCGUUCUUUCUAUCUGGGACGAUCACGCGGUCUCGAUGAACUGGCUUGACAGCAGCUACCCCCCUGACAAGAGCGGCCCUGGUGUUGCUCGUGGAACUUGUGACCCAGCCGCCGGCCUGCCCGAGACCGUCGAGGCAGCCCACCCGGACGCCAGCGUUGUGUACAGCAACAUCAAGUUCGGCACCCUGAACUCCACCUUCACGGCUUAGAGAGGUUUCAGACUCAAUCAUGUGAGUGAGCGGAGAAGAUGAUAGACUCAGCUUCAUAGAGAUCCGGGUACGGGCGCGCGGAGAAACUUAGAGAUAUACACGUGGACAAGAGGCUUCUUCUAGAGGAAGGUGAUAGACUUGAUGUCUCUGCUGCAUCUGGACACACUUUUCCUUCUUGUAUAUAGUUGGACCCUUUUCAUUAUUCCUGACUGAAUAUAAAAAUGCACAUAUGCUUUUCUCGAA